AUGCCAACCCACUUGAUGCAGGAGGUCUCUGGCUCCUACACCCCCACCACCACCGUCACCACACCCCACUCCAGGCUCCUGCAGAGUGGACAGGGCAAGUUGGAGAAGACGCCCCUACCGGCGGAAGAAGACAUCCGCCCUGAAAUGAAAGAUGACAUCUACGACCCCAGCUACCAGGACGAGGAGGGCCCCAGGCCCAAGCUGGAGUUCGUCUGGAGGAACAUCAUCCUCAUGGCUCUGCUGCACGUGGGAGCCCUGUACGGGAUCACCCUGGUUCCCACCUGCAAGUUCCGCACCUGGCUCUGGGUGUAUUUCUACAGAUUGGUCAGCGGCCUGGGCAUCACAGCAGGAGCACAUCGCCUGUGGAGCCACCGGUCUUACAAAGCUCGGCUGCCCCUGCGCUUCUUCCUCAUCAUUGCCAACACCAUGGCCUUCCAGAACGAUGUGUUUGAAUGGGCCCGAGACCACCGUGCCCACCACAAGUUCUCAGAAACCGACGCGGAUCCUCACAAUUCCCGCCGUGGUUUUUUCUUCUCGCACGUGGGCUGGCUGCUUGUGCGCAAACACCCUGCGGUCAAGCAGAAGGGCGCUCUGCUGGACUUGUCAGACCUCAAAGCUGAGAAACUGGUGAUGUUCCAGAGGCGGUACUACAAACCCGCCGUCCUGCUGAUGUGCUUCAUCCUGCCCACGCUCGUGCCCUGGUAUUUCUGGGGUGAAACUUUUCGACACAGCUUGUAUGUGGCCACCUUCCUGCGUUAUGCUGUAGUGCUCAAUGCCACCUGGUUGGUGAACAGUGCUGCCCACUUGUAUGGAUAUCGCCCGUAUGACAAGAACAUUGACCCCCGAGAGAAUGUACUGGCUUCUCUUGCAGCCCUGGGUGAGGGCUUCCACAACUACCACCACUCCUUUCCCCACGACUACUCAGCCAGUGAGUAUCGCUGGCACAUCAACUUCACCACAUUCUUCAUCGACUGCAUGGCUAUCCUGGGCCUGGCUUAUGACCGGAAGAAAAUAUCCAAGGCUGCCAUCUUGGCCAGGAUUAAAAGGACUGGAGACGGAAGCUACAAGAGUGGCUGAGUUUUGGGUUCCUCAACUUCUUUGCCAAAAGCUAGCCAGGCAGAGGUUCACUAUUCUGCUUAUUAGUUACUGAAUAAUGCUCCCAGGAUGCUAAAGAUGAUGACUGUAACCCAUUCUAGUACAAUAGUCUUUCAAAAAUGUAAAAGUGCUAUAAGCCAACAACCUCAGGCUUCUGAUUCUAAGCUGAUAAUCUUAUUUUGUCUGUUGUCAUCUUCCUCUUCUAGUCUUGUUGUCCUUUUCUUUCUUUGGUCUCAUCUCCUUCCUUUCUCUUAGACCUCACUGCCCUCUAGGAAACAGCUGCUCAGUCAUCAGUUGGUAUCCACCUUCAAAGCCCUAGACAACAUUUCUGGAAUCUAAAAAUUAUGGUCUUAUUCCAGAUAACUCUGUCUUUGUGUUGCCCCACUGUCUGGAGCUUGAAGGUAAGUGACUCAAGCUAGAGACAGAA